GGUCAGAAGAGACGUGUUUGAGUCUGAAAUUAGAGCAUAUGAGACCUGCUUCUGAAUACAACUGAGUGCAGAGCGGCAGACGGCAGUGAGGGAGCAGACAACUGUGUGAAAAAUCGAGGAUAUCUAACAAGACAAAGGAAAGCAGUCAUGCCAGGAGCAGGAGGAGCUGACCCAAAGGGAGAAGAUUUCUCCACUGCCAUCCUGAAACAGAAGCACAGACCGAACAGACUCAUUGUGGACGAAGCUCUCAAUGAAGACAGCAGCAUUGUCAGCCUGUCACAGAAAAAGACGGAGGAGCUGCAGCUCUUCCGGGGGGACACGGUGGUGAUGAGGGGGAGGAAGCGUCGCCAGACGGUGUGUAUCGUCCUGACUGAUAGCACCUGUGGAGACGAACGAAUCCGCAUGAAUCGCGUGACGCGUAAUAACCUGCGUGUCCGACUCGGUGAUGUCGUCAGCAUUCAGGCCUGCCCUGAUAUCAAAUACGGGAAAAAGAUCCAUGUGCUCCCAAUAGAUGACACCAUCGAGGGCCUCACAGGAAACCUCUUUGAUGUUUUCCUCAAACCGUACUUUCUGGAAGCUUACCGCCCUGUUCAUAAAGAUGACGUCUUCUUGGUGAGGGGCAGCAUGCGGGCGGUGGAGUUCAAGGUGGUGGAGACGGACCCAAACCCGCACUGCAUCGUGGCCCCGGACACGGUCAUCUACUGUGAAGGAGAGCCAAUCAAAAGGGAGGAUGAGGAGGAGAACCUUAACGACAUCGGCUACGACGACAUCGGAGGCUGUCGGAAACAGCUGGCUCAGAUCAAAGAGAUGGUGGAGCUUCCUCUCAGACACCCGGGUCUCUUCAAGGCGAUAGGAGUCAAGCCCCCCAGAGGCAUCCUGCUGUACGGCCCUGCAGGCACGGGGAAAACCCUGGUGGCCCGAGCUGUAGCAAAUGAAACCGGGGCUUUCUUUUUCCUAAUUAACGGUCCUGAGAUCAUGAGUAAGCUGGCGGGAGAGUCAGAGAGCAACCUUAGGAAGGCAUUUGAGGAGGCGGAGAAAAACGCUCCAUCUAUCAUUUUUAUUGAUGAACUGGACGCCAUCGCUCCCAAGAGAGAGAAAACUCAUGGUGAAGUGGAAAGACGUAUUGUCUCCCAGCUCCUGACUCUGAUGGAUGGCCUGAAGCAAAGAGCUCAUGUGGUUGUUAUGGCAGCCACGAACAGACCAAACAGCAUCGACUCUGCUCUGAGACGCUUCGGCAGGUUUGAUCGUGAGAUCGAUAUUGGGAUCCCAGAUUCGACCGGCAGACUAGAGAUCCUUCAGAUUCACACCAAAAACAUGAAGCUGGGCGAUGACGUCGACCUGGAGCGGAUCGCCGCAGAGACACACGGUCACGUGGGCGCCGACUUGGCUGCUCUCUGCUCAGAAGCUGCUCUGCAGGCCAUCCGCAAGAAGUUGAUCCUCAUAGACCUGGAGGACGAGUCCAUCGACGCCGACCUGCUCAACUCACUGGCUGUCACCAUGGACGACUUCCAGUGGGCUCUGAGUCAGAGUAACCCUUCAGCCCUCAGAGAGACGGUCGCUGAGGUUCCUCAGGUGAACUGGGAGGACAUUGGAGGACUGAGCGAGGUCAAGAGAGAACUGCAGGAGCUGGUCCAGUACCCUGUUGAGUAUCCAGAUAAGUUCCUGAAGUUCGGUAUGACGCCUUCUCGUGGGGUGUUGUUUUACGGCCCUCCAGGCUGUGGGAAAACUCUUCUAGCUAAGGCCAUCGCCAACGAGUGCCAAGCUAACUUUGUGUCCAUCAAAGGCCCUGAGAUGCUCACCAUGUGGUUUGGAGAAUCGGAGGCCAACGUCAGAGACGUGUUUGAUAAGGCCAGGCAGGCCGCCCCCUGCAUCCUGUUUUUCGAUGAGUUAGACUCCAUCGCUAAGUCUAGAGGAGGCGGAGCAGGGGAUGCAGGUGGAGCAGCCGACAGAGUCAUAAACCAGAUCCUGACAGAGAUGGAUGGCAUGUCUGACAAAAAGAACGUUUUCAUCAUUGGUGCCACAAACAGACCUGACAUCAUCGACGCUGCCAUCCUGCGGCCGGGCCGUCUGGACCAGCUCAUCUACAUCCCCCUCCCAGACAAACCAUCGCGCACAGCCAUUCUCAACGCCAACCUACGCAAGUCCCCUGUGGCUCGAGAUGUGGACCUGGAAUACCUUUCUACUAUCACAGACGGUUUCUCUGGAGCCGACCUGACAGAGAUCUGCCAGCGGGCGUGUAAGCUGGCCAUCCGUGAGGCCAUCGAGGCCGAGAUCAAGGCUGAGCGUCAGCGGCAGAAUAGACCGGGUGUCCCCAUGGAUGAGGACUUUGAUCCAGUCCCAGAGAUCAGGAAGGACCAUUUUGAGGAGGCGAUGCGAUUUGCUCGUCGCUCAGUCAGCGACAAUGACAUCCGAAAAUAUGAAAUGUUUUCUCAAACGCUGCAGCAGAGCCGAGGAUUCGGGAACUUCAGGUUCCCUUCUGCCACAGGGACUCGGUCAGAAGGUCAGGGGUCGGGCUCUGGGCCGGGCCUGUUCAGGGAGGAAGGAGAGGAUGAUCUAUAUCAGUGACGAAAACAUAUCACAGCAUCAGCUGCAGCGUUUCCCUCUUCCAUUACUGGGAUCGGCCUCCUUAAAGGAAUGAAAACAUAACAGUGAUGGGGUUUGAAAAUGGCAGGACAACGUGGGAAUAUCAUCAUGCUUUAUCAGAGUUUUUCAAGAAGGAAUAUAUUUUAAAUUUGUGUUAACUUAUGUCAUGAAGCAAAUUGUUUUGAUGUAAAACUAUCACACUGUAAAGAGAUCGGCAGGGACAAAAAUAUACACAUAAAAAUGUCAGUGUUUGGAGUUUAGUCUGUAAUCUGUCUGCACUAAGGAAUGAUGAAGGAUGUGUUUGUGUGACUUUAAAAUGCGAUAAUAAAACUAUUUAUGAGCUUCAA